AUGGCAUCUGUUUUGCAGAAGGUUCAAACGCAUGAUGACCGAGUGCAUGGAUUUCGAAAAGUGAAGGUUACUAUUUUGGCAUCUGAAUGGGGAUCAAGUAAUGGGGGACUUUCCACCAUAAACAGAGAAUUAGCCAUUCAGUUGGCCAAGUUUCCGGAAGUGGAAAUCACUUUCUUUUUACCAAAAUGCAGUCAAGAGGAGAAAAACGUAGCCCUUGAUCACAAAGUAAAGAUCGUAGAGGCAACUCCACUACCGUGUUUUGAACAGCUUGAUUGGCUUUGCUUUCCACCAGACGAUUUGGAAAUCGACAUAGUUGUUGGUCAUGGAGUUAAACUUGGUAAGCAAGCGCAGGUCAUUAAGAAAUCUAAAAGGUGCAAAUGGAUUCAGGUGGUGCACACAGACCCUGAGGAACUUGGGAUGUUUAAGAGCUAUUCCCGCCCAAUUUCAAAGGGUGAAGAAAAGCACAAGAACGAAGUAGAACUUUGUGAAAUGGCUGAUCAUGUUGUACGAAUUGGACCCAAGUUGAGUGAGGCCUUUCGCUCGUAUCUUUCUGGUUGUGAUAAAGAUGGUAAUGUCUUUGACCUCACUCCUGGAGUAUUUGAAGAGUUUGAGACUGUAAAGCAAGUUAGUCAUAGCGAUAGGCAGCAACGCAGAGUCUUGGUGUUUGGUCGUGGAGACGUAGAAGAUUUUGAGUUAAAGGGAUUUGACAUCGCUGGGAAAGCGAUUGCUGCAUUGAAAGAUUCUCGUCUUGUGUUUGUUGGGGCACGGGAUGGAAAACACGAAGAAAUAGCAAAGCGGUUAAUCGAGUGUGGUGUUCCUGCAAGUCGAUUGAACGUAAAAGGAUUUGUUCAAGACCGAGAGGGUUUAAAGCGCUUAUUCCAACAAGCGGAUCUUGCAGUCAUGCCUUCAAGAACAGAGGGCUUUGGACUGACAGGAGUCGAGGCAAUGUCAGCUGGUCUCCCAGUGCUCGUCAGUGGCAAUUCUGGCUUUGGAGAAGCACUUCGCAGUGCAGCUUUUGGUUCAUCAUUUGUGAUUGACUCAGAUGACGCUGCAGUCUGGACCGUGGCCAUUCAAAAGAUCUUGUCCAAGGACAGGGAAUGCCGACUUGAGGAAGCAGUGACCUUGCGUGAUUUCUAUGGCAGGAAAUACAACUGGGCCAAACAGAUGAAAGAGUUAGUUGACAGGAUGAUCUGCCUGACUUAUGGUAGGAAUGUCAAUUAUAUUUUCUUCAGUGGCGCAUUAUCAGGAAACAAUAGAAGGAAAAAUGAAAAACACGCAAAUAGGAUCGCUUACAAGUUUUGCCCUGAAGUCUUGAUUAAAAUGUUCACAAUGCCUAUCUGAACCUUUCGCUCAUAAGAGCAAGACUGUAACGUUUGUAAUUUCUUUAUUGUUUUCAGCGGAAUGGUCUGUGGAGAGCGGUUGUCAUAGUCUUCGGUCAUAGUCUUUAUUUGCAGUACCGUUUCACAUAUUUAAUCAUAGUUAUACACACAUGAUCCCCGCAAUAGCAUGUUUUCUCCAUUUUGUUGCAACAGAAGAUUCUCUAAAGGUCCGGAGCUCAUUAGAAACAGAGUGCAACGCUUCUGAGAGGAUGGAGGACAUGACUGAGGACCUUGAAGGUAUCUUCGUAAACAGCAUGCGUAUAGAAAUCAUUUUUGUCUAUUUUUAACCAAGUGGGAGAAGGGCAGGAGGCGCGCGAGAGCGAACAAAAAAUAGGAACGGGGAGAGAAACAAAACGCCAGUCGCUGAGCUUCUAUCCCAGGAAUACACAACCUAAUAUAUGCCCAACAAACUUCCGCCCCGGGGAGAAAUGACCUGGAAUUGACUGAGCUUUAAGGUUCAGAGAGAGAUUAUAAUUGUAACCAAAGCUUGUUUUUGCAAAGCCUUCUAUAGAAAUUGACAACAGCCAAAGAACAAACUCUUAUCACGACGAGCAGCUUGUUUCAGAAACGCCCCUUAGUAGUGACCGUGAAUUGAAAGCUGAUGCGGCAUCAGGAAAUCCAACUAAAAUAUCCACGAAUUCAGACUCUCAGUCUCAAACUAGCCGUAAGCGUAAAAUGUCAGAAUUCUCUUGUAAUCCAGGUAUGCAAAAACUUGAGUUGUUUUUCUUGCUAUUGCUCACUAGUACACUUCCACAUCUAAAGGGGGGAAGUGAUUGUUAGAUUACUCAAAGGUGCUUUUUCCUACACGGACUUGUUUUCGUUUACGCUCAUACUAUAGAAGUGUAUUAUUGGUAAUAGUAAACCUUAUGUAGCGCUGAUAUCAGUGGACGCCUGAUAGGCGCCAUUUUCAUCAGCAGUAACAAAAAAGGUUUUAAGUAAAUAUUAAAUAUAUAAAAGAUAUAAAUAUGUUGAACACUAAAAUUAGAAAAAUUACUUUCGUACUAAAGCUGUACUAACUGCAUAAAACUUACUAAAAACGAGUAAAAACGUUACAUCAAAUUGCCAUAAAAGCUUUCUGGAAUGAAAAUGGCUCGAGGACCUUCUUAAAAAUCAGGGGCACCCAACGACUGUUUUCUGUAAAAUACCUUUUCGGAGAAGUAAAUAUUGCCUAGAAUUUUCUAUUGUUUGAAUAUGGCUAAUAAUUUCUAGAUGAACGUUCCAUUCAGGUAAUUUGCAAAAUUCCCAAUGAUUUUCUGAAGUUUAAUUUUUCAUAUUUCACUCCUUAUGUUAGGCUAAUUUUCGUAGAAAAAGGAAACCUAAAAUUCUCGGACUCAAAAAUGUGAUGGAGAGAGGAAUGAGAAAAAUCAAACUUUUCGGGAAAAUAACACUGUAGCCCUUGAAAUUUCAAAAAGCCUCAGAUUCCCGUAGGAUGACCGAACAGAUACAAAUUUUAUAGCGCCACUUAGGAGGAAACCUUCGUUGGUUGCCCCCUGAAAACUGGCAACUGAGGGGCUUCUCCAUAUCGCAAAAUGAAACAAAUUCCAAAGUUUUGGAAUAGCAACAGCAAAAGAGCGAUCUCCCAACGUGGUUUAAGUCCUGAAUUCUCCGCUAUGCCAUUAAAAAUAGCUUAGUGACAAAUAUUUUCAAAAAUAUAUGCAAACAAAUUCCCAAUUUUGCUAAUUGUAUCUUUCAUCGAAUUGCUAUAAACAGUAACAUUUCUUAGACAUUCAAGUAUGUGUCUAAUAUUGUGAAUCUGUGAUAUCGCCCUAAAGUUCCCUUGUGGAGGCUUGGAUGAGUUUGUUAAUGCUCUUUGGCUAUGGUGAAUUUGCUUGAGUAGACAUUCUUUAAUAAUGAAUACCUUGACAAGAGCCGUCUCUUAAAUGCAGGUACUUCAACUGAGGAUAGCGGAAUCUUUUUGAAGCAGCAUAUGCCCUCCAAGAUGGCUAGUCAUGAAGGUGCAUCUUCCCGGGGAAAGGAACCUCUUAACAGCUGGAGUUUGCAAAACAUUGCAGGAUCAACUUCUAGUAUAGGUAAAUGGAACAAGCUAAUUAUUUUGAUAGUUUGGUGCAGUAGUAAUGAAGGUUCAGGAAUAGUGUUUUUCUUAAAAGAUGGCCCACCUGGAUGUCAAGGGGCAAAAACUUCAAAGUUUUAGCAUUUAACAAUGAUAUUAAAAAAAAAAGUCACCCCGUUAUACCUCGUUCUUUCGGACACUUUCCUUGUCCCUGGGUAAAGCCCUUACAUUUUCUUUAAAUUCUCGUAAUACAACUGUAUAACCGAGUAGGAACCGUUUUGGAAUGUAAUGUUAAAAUGGAUCUACUUUAUAGUACUUUAAAAAGUUAUAAUGUUAGUUUUUACCAUCGAAUUUACUCUGAAUUGCUAUAAUUGCUUCUUGAGCUUAAAUCUUUUGUGCUCACCUUUUAAAAUUGUAUUGGGAGUUGUCAAAGUGGAUUUAAAGGCAUGGAAAGAUCUGUGAUGUGUAGAAUAAGGGUCUCCACCACAUUUAAGGGUCACAGUUGUCUACAUGGGACGUGGUUUCACACGGCUGGUUAUGGGUGGUGGAAAUGUGAACGAGUUACUAAAACAUAUGUAUACAGUAUUUUCUAAGAAGCUUAUAAUAAAGGCUUGAUCUAUAUACUGCUCGGUACUGAGACAUUGUUCAGAUCCGGGAAUACUGGGUAUUGUAAAUUGAUUAUUAACUAUAGAGGUCGCUUUUUCGCAAAUUUGUUAAUACAACGGACACAUUUCCCCAGUCCCUUGGCACUUCGAUAAACUGUGGUUCUACUGUAAUCACCGCCUGUUUUCGCUCAAUUUUUGUUUCACAGAAGCGGAUUCUUUAAAGGCUGUGAGCUCCUUGGAAAAAAGAAUGACAGCGGACCAUAAAGGUAUUGUGGAAGACUUGUAAUCAAUGAAAUCGAGGAUGAUGUUGCCUAUGAACGAGUGUUCAGAGGCAAAAAGGGAUUCUGUGCAGUACAUACAUGUGUACAUGCAUAAGUACACAUACGUUUCAACACGUAAUUGAUACAUGUAUAAGGUGUGGUUUAAACGUUAGACUUCACAUUUGCAGAACUGAAUGCAUAAACUAUUUUACUAUUAAAUAUAGCAGUACACGGUGCUCCUCCUUAUUAUUUAUCGAGCCAUCUGGUAAGUAUAAUUAAAACAUAUUCACUAUAUGAUCAAUCAUCAUCUACACGCUACCUCGUUGUUUAAAAGUUUUAAUGUUUUUUACCUAUGUUUAGACUGAGGAAGUCGAAAUUGUGAAAUUACUCAAUAAAAAGUUCCCAUCCUCUUGGCAGACCUUUGAUGAAAACUUUCCACAUCCUGGAAACUCACAAUGUGAUAAUGCUUACCCUGUCCAGGGAGUAAAGGGCACACUUGGAACUGACUGAGCCUUAUGUUUCAAUAAAAUUAUUUUUUGUAACCGUGGCUUGUUUUCGCAGAGCCUUUUAUGGAAAAUGACAGUAAGCCAAGAAUGUACUCCCCUGUCGGCGAGAAGCUCGUUUCAGAAACGUCUGCUGAUAGUAACUGUGAGAAGAAAGCUGAAGCUGCAUCAGGAAAUCGAACUAAAAUAUUCACGGCCUCUCAGUCACAAAACAGCCGUAAGCGUAAAAAUUCAGAAUCUUCUGGUGAUCCAGGUAACUAUAACCUGAUUUGCUUUCCUUGCUAUUGCCUACUAGUACAUUUAUAAAGGGUAUUACCCAAAGGUACUUUUUUUUUCACAGAAUCUGUUAUCGUUACACUAUAGUAGUGUAAUUCAUUACCCACUUUAAUUAUCAAUUGAGGUUUAACACCAGGUUUUAUCCUGCGUUCGAAAAUGCUUCAAAUCUGGUAGACUUACAAAACAGCCGACGUGUCACUACCGUGACAAAUCAUCAGUAUGGAAUUUCUGUGCUCGUUCUGUUCCUCAGUCGUCAUCUCGUAGAGAAACGAGUGCUGACAUCGCGAAAUGUCGGCUGUUUUCUCAGGUUACAAAUCUGAAGACCAAUGCAAGGUAUUAGGGAGCUUAAGCAAACAACGACGACGACGGCUACGAAAACGUCACUUAAAAAGUGAAUACUCGCUGCUUCAAACUUUAUCGCGCUUAUUCCAUCUCGUUCAAUUCGUCAGAUGUUGGUGAAUUUUUCUGGAGAUCAAUUUUAAAGGACUGUAUCAAAGUUCAGAAAAAGAAUAAGGAAGUCGUUGUCUGGUGUUCAGGUUCUCUGCAAAACGUGAAAUAAUUAGGCAGUUUCACGUCGUAGUCGUGCAACGACGGCAAAGAAAUGUACAAAAAGCGUGAUGCACGUGCAAUGUUGGUGUUUUGCCAAUCUAAGCCUAUUGUUUUUUGCCGUUCUUGUUGCCGUCAUCGUCGUCGUCUUUGCAUAAGCUCCCUAUUAACUUUCGAACGAUGUAUAGUAGUAUAGAAUAGGUUUCUUGCGAUAUUUUGGGUUUCGUUAAUAGAUAAAUUUAUUUCUCGGGGCGUUUGUUUGUUUGUUUGUUUUUUUCAGAAAUUAUUACGAAGCACUUUUUUCAAGAAUAAAUGAUGAACAGAGCAAAAUAGUCCAUGAAACUCUCCAACGACAAAUACUAGUGUACUUCCAACAUCGUACAAUUGCAACCUCAGAGGGAGUGUCUGGCCUGAUUGAAUAUAUAAAGAAGACGCACAACGUGGCCUUGGAAUCUGUGGGUUUGGGAUCUCUAGAAAUAACGUUUCGGUGCACUUCCUUGGGGAGCCUUGAAAGUUUGUGGAGUGACUAUCAGUCUGGUCACCUUAAUGAUAUUGCUGAGAGAUACCUUGUGACUGAUGACAUAAAGAGGAAACUGGACUUGGAGAGUAUCAGGUUAAAAACAAUUAUCGAAGAAGAAAACUACCGGAUUUGCAAGCGGAUUUUAAUGGAAAAAUCAUGUGAGUUUGAAAGCUCUUUGUAAGCUAUUGACUUACUUUGGCUUACGUUCGGCCAACAUUGACUGGUUAUCUUUUCUGCUGCAAACCUGAUUACGUUGCUCUUUGUUUCUUACGACUUUGUUACAUUUUCACAGCAGCAAUAUGGCUGCAUUAUUGUAAGGAUGGUCAGCUUAUCGAGCGCAUAUGGUUACUUUCCUAAAAACGUUUUCUCAAACAGACAGAAAAAUGAUAGUGCAUUAAAACAAUUAAUCGACAUACGAUAAUCUUUAAUAACAGAAGUAAAAUAGAUAUAUUGUGGCCAUAAAAUGAGCAGUGUUUAAAGGUGUCUCUUUGUUGAAGUUUCGCUGUUUAGAAGCAGUGCAGUCAUUUAUCAGCCUAUGUACAGCCCCCGUCUUCUCGGGAAAAAAAUCGGAGCUUUCCUUAUUUUUUCUUGAGGGGAGAGGGUGGCUAUACACAGGCUAUAAAUUUAUUUUUUGUGGUCAUUUUCGGGGAAAGUACAUUCCGGACAGAUGAACUUAAUGCAUAUUUGUUAUCUCUUUCUCUGUUAGCAGUUAGCACUGACUUUUCUCCUUCAACUGAAUCAGAUCAAGAAGCAGCUUUACUAGCGGCUGACACGAGCUUAGAUGUUUCUAAGGUAGGCCGCUUUGUACUUGUGAUUAAACAUGAAACAGGUGAAGAUCAAGAUGAAAAAGAAGUCGAGGGGCGCGUCUAGGCCGUGUUUUAAACAACAGUUACUUAAGUGCUGAUGAAGAGAUUUUGGUCGUAUCCUUGAUUUCAGUGUAUUGUGUGGGGUUGCACUCUGUAUUUUAAUGACGGUCCAGUCAAUUCUGCAGAAACAACAACUUUUAACUAGUUGGAAUUCAGAGUGCGCUGAUAUAACGACAAGAUUAAGUUUAGAGGCAAGUAGUCUUCUUAACACUCGAUUUUUUGCCACUCUUAUGUGUAAGGUGUGUGAAUACACUAAGAAAUGUUAUGGCAGUCAUAAGUGAAUCUUUCUUUUGCAAAUACAAGUGCUCCGCCAUAAAGGACUUUCAGUUUUAAUGAUCUGUUCAUGUUGUCCUUAAGCAGCAUAAUUAAAAAAUAUAAAACUGUUCUAAUGAGGCUUUAAAAAAGUAAAAUCCAAAAUCCAAGGGAAAAUAUUCCGCGCGCGCUAUAGAUAUAUGCAAAGAUCAAAGGUAUAGGUGAAAUGUGUAAAAGAUGUGACGUAUGUAUGAAAGUCAUAGAAAUAUACCGUAAAUGGAAUACAACGCUAGUAAUGAUGGAAUGUCUCUAGACAAAGGACCUCUAAAAGUGCUUAAGAAUGGUCUUUAAAAUACUAAAAUAGAAGGUCUGCGAAUUCACUGCAUUCCUUCCAUGAGAGUGAGUGUAGGCUGACAAAUUAGUAUCUUGGGGCAAGACAUGGCAAAUACAGCCGGUUUAAUGUGACUAAAUGUCAUACGAUGAGGAUGUCUAGGAAGAAGGAACCUGUGUUGAUGGAUUAUUACAUCGAUGAUCAAACGCUGUCUCCCGUGAAGACACAAAGCGUUCAGCUUAUGUAACCAUUGUGAGACCAAAUUUGGAGUAUGCUACUGCUGUCUGGGAUCCAUACAGACAUAAACAGAUUGAUUCAAUUGAAGCAGUCCAGCGGCGUGCAGCCAGAUUUAUUAAAAGAGACAAAAACAGAACGUCUUCCGUUACAGAAAUGCUACAGUCAUUAGAUUUAGAUCUUUUAGAGGAUAGACGUAAAGCCCAUCGAUUGAAUAUAUUUUAUUUAGCAGUUAAUAAUUCGAUUGCACUGCCUAUACCUAAUUAUUUUUCACCUAAACAGCGUUUUACUAGAUCAUUUUCUAAUGAUUCAUUUAUUCAAGCCAACUGCAAUCAUGAUUAUUACUUUUAUCGUUUCUUUCCAAGGACAGUAAGGGGCUGGAACUCUCUACCAAGUGGCAUUUGUACUAGUACAAAUUUCUCAUUAUUUAAAGAUCACUGUUUCACAGCUGUUAGAAAUGAUUGAUCGCUGUCAUUUAUUUAUAUUUUUUUAUUAUUAUUUAUCUUAUUUAUUUAUAUAUAUAUAUAUAUAUAUAUAUAUAUAUAUAUAUAUAUAUAUAUAUAUUAUAUUUAUAAAGAAUGUCUUCAUGUCUAUUUUUAUUUCAUCUUUAGUCUAUUAUUGUAUUUCUGAUUUUGUAAUUUAUGUAAUUUAUAUUGACUUGAUGCGAAAGCGUUGUCAAUUAAUAAAUGUAGAUGUAGAUGUAGGCUUGCACUUUCUAAUGUAAAAUGCUUCAUGAGGGCGUAGAUUAGCGGGGUCGUUUUCGCUCGUAAUAAUCUUGACCACCUCAAUGCCUUUAUAGUCUUUGUUUGGCAGGAAUAUACUUUCAGUUUAUACCCACUUUGUUAUUGGUCCUAGAAUAAGAAGCAGUUCCUAACCCAUAUGGAGAGAGCUGAGAAGGCAAAAGUAAGUUUGCUGAGUUCCUUUUAGCCAAACUUUUUUCGGAGAUAGACAAUCCGGAAGGUUGGAUUGUCGUGGUAGGCAGAACAAAAAUCUUAAACAAGAUAGAUCCAUACGGUAGUUGGCUGCUGCACUGAUCUCCUUCGCAAUGUCCUCGCAACGCUUUUGAUUUUUUCCGCUAAUUGAAGCGUUUUCUCGUAGAACAAUGGAAGGGAAAGUACCCCUUUGACUAGUAGCGGUUCAUAUUGGGACCCGUCAAAUUGAAAUUAUCUGGAAUUUGAACCAAACAAUCUCAGACAAACAACUACGAAACAUCAAAUGCUGAGAGAUGAACAUUUUACGGUGAGAGAAUCGCCAAGCGUUUUCAUUUGCGGAUCUUGAGUUACACGGUACCAUAUGAGUUUAAUAUACUACAGCUUUUAAGUGGCAUAGGACAAUGGAGGAGUAUGAAUAACGUUUGCUUGUUUAUCGAUCACCUGAUGAACGAGUACAUUCAAGUUUGCGAUUAAAAGGCAGUGUCGUUGAAUGAAACAAAAAUCUGAAACGAGAUUCAGAUACCAAUCUGAACGAUUCAGGUGCCAAAUCCGGAUUUAGAUAGGUGAAAUGGAGCACCGCAACGCAAGUGUAGUGUUCUCUCUUUGUUGAUUUAAGCAAAGCAAAAUAUAUUUUAAAAACGUCACUUGCUGGAAGGAUUGAAAAUGGCAUAUUUUUGACGACUUAAAAAUAAAUCAAACCCGGCAGAGUGCAGUAUUGAAUCAUUAUCUCUAACAUGAAUUAAGAUACAGACUGUAAAGUUAUUAGUACGGAGAUACAUUUACGCCGGGAUAGUUAGACCCAAAAGACAGGGUGAACCAUUAUAACAUAGUAGAUAACCCGGUGUUAGGUAUUUGGACUGAUGGAUUUGGUUGUUAUCAACAGGGUUUUCAAGAGAGGGUGUACCCUCUUGGGAUUAAGUGAUCCUUUACAUUUAUAUUUACUCAGAUAAAAGUUAUUUUUUAAAAAAAUAGGCAUCGAGAGGCUUCCUACACAAGGCUGCAAUCAAGGGACAGUACGAGACGGUCAAAAUGCUUCUUGAAAGUGGUGAAGAUGUGGAUCAAAAAGAUCAGGUUUUUGUCUUCCUCUGUCUUUGUAAAUCUAAUGCUUGUGGAUUCUUAUGCACUUGUUUCUUGCUUUUGUAGAUUACGAGCAGGAGCUUGUGUUUGGGUUUGCGCCAUCUUUCCGGCUGGCGGCGAUUAGAAGCUAUAGCCUGCACGAAAGCCUUUGAGUAUAAUUGUAUUCCUUGCCUUCAUGAACGAACACAGCAUUCUGAUUGGCCGGUAGUGACAAAUCGUUGACAACAGGACAGGAAAACCACAAAAUUCUGUUUUAGCGUAUAUUCUUUAAAACAGACUCUUAACGUCUUUACUUUUUAUAAUCCAGUACUUGCUGAUAGUCUCAGCACGUACUCGGGUUAGCUUUCAUUUUCUGUGUCUUUUUAAAAAUAGGCACGAAAAAGUCCUCUGUAAGACUUCAGGCAAUUUUCUUCCAAAGUACUCCAUUAAACAAGAGUAAACCGUUUACCCCUAAGAUGCAGUAUUUAAGGCCAUGUUCUUUACCCGAGUGUUUUGCUUUCGAUGUCUGAUAGUGUUUCCUCUUAAAUUCAUGGGAAAGAGCAAAAUAUUAAAGUUCUUAAUGUUGUAACUGGUUUGAACCCAUGAAUCCUGUCAUUAGUAGGUCGAGUAAGUGUAGCUCUGAAUGGAACUGCUGACCACACUGACAUUUUCACAACCUGUGCAGAAGUCUAUAUAUAAGAGUCAAGGAAAAUUCUGAUAAUCGCUUCGACACAGGUUGUAGCAAACGUCAACUUCUGUCACUAACAGACCUAUUCGGUACUUCACUCACCCAGACGAUCAUAUUCAAACUACUUUAAUAAUGUUAUAUGUUGUAGUUAAUUUUUUAUCUCACUUAAUUUUUGUUUUUCUUUUGUUUAUGGUAAUGUACGCUAAUGAAGUUGAAACAUAAGAAAAAUAAAAAUUACCUGAGCUGAAAAAUUAACUACAACAUAUACGAGUCUGUAACGAUGAAAAGUUAAGGGGACUUUGGGCUUGGGGGGAAGUGAUCCGCCGUGAAAAGGAAAAGGUAAAAGUCCUUAUUUUACGUCGGUAGCUCAAAAUAGACAUCUGACCAACUAACCUGAGGCCGACGGCGCGCUCAUUUACUCCGCCCCCCUCCCCUCCCCCCAGCAGCAAUGUUCUGAACGUAAACAGAUAGCCUUGUUCCACCAAUUCCUAAUGGAAAGUGGCCUGUAAACGUUCCAUUUGGUCUCAGUUUUAAUGUUGCACUUGGCCCCCUCCUUGUAAAAUGAAGAAAAUAAAUUUAGUCCAGUAACAGCCUGCCCGUUCUCACCCUUUUCUAAUUGCUUUUUUUCUUCCUAUUUCUUUAGUUUUCUUUGACUCCUCUUCAUCUUGCCUGUUGGUAUGGACAGGAAUCGAUUGUCAUACUGUUGUUAGAACAUGGUGCAAACGUCAAAGCUAAAGACAAGGUGAGAUAGUGAACGUUUUUUUUUUUACAUUAAACAAUAUAGUGCCGAGAGAGGAGUGAGGCAAGGGAAGUUGUUGUUGCAUGUGAAUCUCUUACGGUGGCAAGAUAAAUUAAAUUUAACGACUGCGUUGAUAUAACUGCUAUUUUAUCUUUGUGUCCUUACCGUGUUACAUUUACUUUCAAUAGUACGUUCCUAAUUUGUUAGUUUUUUUGUUGUGCUUCUACACUAGUUGUUUUUAUUUGUUAUUCAUGAAAAAAUUGGGCUAUAAUAAAUCAUUUAAUUAAAAAAUUGAAAAAACCUUAGAAGGCAGAAAGUCUAGUUUCGCAAACUUUUAACUGUGACCGUAAGAUUUCCUCUGCUGAAUUGAAGGUUUCGUUGCGCAGGCAAAGGAAAUUGCUCUUAUUCGCUCUAGGGACCGGCCUAAGUAAGACACAGUGUAAUCGUGAAGACGGGGCUUGCAUGAAUUGGAUUACACCUGUAACUGUUACUCCGGCCGUUACCAUGUGAGGGAAAUCUGAGGGAAACUAGACUUUUCUAUACUGUUUCUGACUACCAAUUACCCUUCCUAUAAUUUACAACCACACCGUGGACUAGUCGUCCCCGAACAGUAUGAGAGUGCUUUAACGUCCAGCAGAAGUUACCAUAUGUGCAAGAAUGGUGAGACGGAGCUUACGGUUUAUCGUCCUUAUCCGAGGAGACUAGAAAGUAUUAAGGAGACGAAUGGCACAGCAUAUUUCAAAUAUUUCUUCCUAUAAUUUCAGUAAACGAAGGUCCCUUAAAUGUCCGCUAAAUGCAGGUUUCCUUUUUUUUAGGAUAAUGAACAGUUCUUUGUGAACUGUGAAAGGUUUGAACCCAGGAGUCAUUUCAAAAGGUUGAGUUUGAUCGUCCGGGUGAACGUAGUCCUGAAUAGGACUGUUGUUGUUGACAGUGACUGACGUUUCGACAACCUGUGCGGUAGUCAUCUUCAGAGUCAAAGUGAGUUGUAUCACGUCAGUUGAUGGUAUUAUACUCUGGUUAUUGAUCUGAUUGGUCAAUUAUGUCGCGAUGUUAUUGGUCGUCUGUCAGUUAAGCCGUGAUGUUAUUGGCUAUGAAGACUGGUAAUCAGUGAUUGGUGCGUUUCGAUCCGUCUAUUGUCGCAGUUAAACAGUCGUCUAUUGUUAGUCAAAUUGUUAGUUCUCCAGUUGUUCUCUCGUAGUUAGUUUUGCUUGAUCUCGUCAAUAAGUCGUUUGUACGGCGCUGGUAACUGUUCACUACGAUUCAGUGAGGUUUGUUCUAAGUUAGUAAACCAGCUUUCUAAAGUAAGACGUUGAUAGUAGUCUGUAGAAUACGUUAUACAUGUCGCAGAGUCCCAGUCAAUUUGAUGUUUCGUCUUUAAAUGGUGCUCAGCAAUGUGAUUGUUGACGUCACCAUUCCUCGUCGCGCGUUUGUGUUCGGUCAGUCGCGUGCUUAGGUUUCUGCCGGUUUCACCAAUGUAAGAAGCCUGGCAGUCGCAGCAUUUGAUCUUGUAUACUGCUCCCUGUCUGUCCUCCGGUUUGUCUUUGUCCUUGACAUUAGUAAGCAGUCGCCGUAAAGUGGUUAUCAAUUACAACACGGACUUUGUUAGACGGAACACUCACAGUAACACUGAUUCUAACUCCCAGACCAACUCUGGCCCUGUUACGACAGCGACUAUACCGUACAUCAGAGGCACCUCUGAAACUAUUACACGUAUAUUACAACCUUACAAUAUACGUGUUGCGCACAAACUGAUAAUCAACAAUCACAUUGCUGAGCACCAUUUAAAGACGAAACAUCAAAUUGACUGGGACUCUGCGACAUGUAUAACGUAUUCUACAGACCACUAUCAACGUCUUACUUUAGGAAGCUGGUUUACUAACUUAGAACAAACCUCACUGAAUGGUAGUGAACAGUUACCAGCGCCGUACAAACGACUUAUUGACGAGAUCAAGCAAAACUAACUACGAGAGAACAACUGGAGAACUAACAAUUUGACUAACAAUAGACGACUGUUUAACUGCGACAAUAGACGGAUCGAAACGCACCAAUCACUGAUUACCAGUCUUCAUAGCCAAUAACAUCACGGCUUAACUGACAGACGACCAAUAACAUCGCGACAUAAUUGACCAAUCAGAUCAAUAACCCGAGUAUAAUACCAUCAACUGACGUGAUACAACUCACUUUGACUCUGAAGUUGACUACCGCACAGGUUGUCGAAACGUCAGUCACUGUCAACAACAACAGUCCUAUUCAGGACUACGUUCACCCGGACGAUCAAACUCAACCUUUUGAACAGUUCUUUAUUGCAAUGCCUCAUGUAGACGUACCGCUAGUUAGAAUAUUUCUUCUUGGUAAAUAACAAGUGGUAAGUAACACGAAUUACAGUACGUACUCUGCUUGUUAUGGUUUUAGUUUCAGCGUACACCUCUGCAAAAAGCUGAACGUCAAGAAAAUCAUUCCAUAGUACAGUUGCUGUUAAAGAAUGAUCCUACGCCAAGUCUUCUUCAACCAGUAAGAUAUCAAACUGCAUGUCCCCCCCUACUGUGAGCUUACUGUAAAACGAAUCCAUUAAUAGCGGACACCUGUAAAGGUCGCGUGUGUGUCCAACACAGUUUUCAUCGUACAUGAUAUUUCUUGGUUAUUGAUGUCCAUGGUUCUGGCGUUGGGUCUUAUACACGUGCGCUCUCUGAAUGGUUUAGGACACACCAGGGAUGCGGUUUAAUAUGCUGCAAUCGCAUGGAGGGAAGAAAACUUCAUUACUGUUUGGGAAGUGCAUUUCAACUUAACAAGCAAAUCCUUACCCCCAUCGUUGUUUUAAGGGCAAGACAGUUACAUCCCCCCACCUCCAAUUGGCUUUUUUCUGUGUUGCAGGAUUUGCCAAAAGCUAAACUGAAAUGUAUUAUAUAGCCAGGGGUUAGCUUUUCAAUGUAAUCGAGAUAUCAUGGAGUGUGACUGGCGCUGUGGGGACCCAGUAGUUUCAUUCAAAUAACUCCUCAUUAAUAGCCACCAUCUUAAUCCUGUUCUCCAAAAUCACCUGAAACAUUUGUUCACAAUGAUUUGUUCAACAUUGUUUAGAAGGGUGGAGGAGGAAUCCAGAAAGUCUUGAUUUCAAAACCUUUCCCCAUCUGUCAGCUAAAAAUUCUAACAUCAAUUUUGUCGCCAGUUGGAGCUAUUUUCAAUUUUCAUACUUUUAGUCUUAACUCAGUAUCAUUACUGUCAAACUCGGAAAAGCUAGAGAAUUAGGAAUAUUUUGGAAAUGUUCAUUGUCUUAUGAUCAGUCCCAUUAAGGGAUUAAUUAGCGAGCUUCAAACAACAAAAUAGUUACCGUUGCUGCAUGCUGCUUACUUCUCCCUCACUUCGGUGGCUUCUUUCCCCUUGACACAAUAACAUUCCAGAAAUAAUUUUGGUGUUGAUAGUUUUCCAGGAACAACAAUAAUUAACAUUUUAACGCUCGAGUUUCUAUUUAAAUACUAGCGCGUUUGCCGUUUCUGAAUUAGUGAUAAUUUUAAACAAAAUGUAUAUUGUAACCAUAGUAGCCAACCACCACAUUUUGUGUAAAAUGUGUCCAUUUGCAUCAAGAGUAUAGUAAAGCCCAGUUAAUCUAUUAUCUGCAAUAAGAAUAACGGGAAAGUAGUGCUAAAUGAAUUCCCUCUUUUUUAUUUGCACUCAAAAACAUGAUCAUUCUUGUCAUAGGUAAGUCUAAAGAAACUUUCAAGAAAAGCUUUCUUGCAAGUGGAUAAACAAUCUGGAUUUAAUCUGCUCCAGGCGGCUGUCUUAGAGGGAAAAUACGACAUUGUUCUAAAAGCUAAUGGCCUUCUUGAGAAUUUUUUAGAAGAGAUGGAACAUAGAAAAACGGGAAAUAACGCCAAAGAAUUUCCAGGGAAAACUGCGGUUGACAUCUUAUCAUUUGUGUUGGAAACAAAAUCAAGCCAUUAUAGUAUCGAAAGAUUUUAUAAAAAUUUGUCUGAGAACAACAGCAGACUGAAUGAGCUGCAGUGGGGUACAUGCAAUGACGAUGUGGAACAGGCGGUGGAGUUUGUAUUAAGUGACGGUGUAGAUAUUAAUGCCCGAGCGUCAGACAAUGAUUACACAGCUUUGUUGUGGGCGAGUUCUUCAUCCUCAAGUCAGUUCAUUGAGACCCUCAUUGAUCUAGGGGCCGACGUUAAUGCCCAAAGGAAAGAUGAGAAAGUUACACCUUUAAUAUUAGCAAUUGAAUGGAACAUUUACAUGGCAGCGUGCUUGCCUUUAAGGCAUGGAGCUGAUGUAGAUGUCCAGGGUGGUGAUGGGUUCACACCACUGCACUUUGCAGUUAGUAAAGGUCACGAAAACCUAUGUAGAUUGUUACUUGAACACAACGCGGAUGUAAAUAUUCGAGAUAAAGAUGGAGAUACUCCCUUGCACCUGUGUGUCAGAGAGGGUAACGAAAGCCUCUGUAGAUUGUUACUUGAACACAACGCGAAUGUACAUUUUCGAGAUAAAGAUGGAAAUACACCCUUGCACCUGUGUGUCAGAGAGCGUAACGAAAACCUCUGUACAUUGUUACUUGAACACAACGCGAAUGUAAAUUUUGGAGAUAAACAUGGAGAUACACCCUUGCACUGGUGUGUCAGAAAGGGUAACGAAAACCUCUGUAGAUUGUUACUUGAACACAACGCGAAUGUAAAUUUUGGAGGUAAAGAUGGAGAUACACCCUUGCACCUGUGUGUCAGAGAGGGUAACGAAAACCUCUCUAGAUUGUUGCUUGAACACAACGCGAAUGUAAAUUUUUUUGAUAAAGAUGGAGAUACACCCUUCCACCUAUGUGUCAGAGAGGGUAACGAAAACCUCUGUAGAUUGUUACUUGAACACAACGCGAAUGCAAAUUUUCGAGAUAAAGAUGGAAAUACACCCUUGCACCUGUGUGUCAGAGAGCGUAACGAAAACCUCUGUAGAUUGUUACUUGAACACAACGCGAAAGUAAAUUUUGGAGAUAAACAUGGAGAUACACCCUUGCACUGGUGUGUCAGAAAGGGUGACGAAAACCUCUGUAGAUUGUUACUUGAACACAACGCGAAUGUAAAUUUUCGAGAUAAAGAUGGAGAUACACCCUUGCACCUGUGUGUCAGGGAGGGUAACGAAAACCUCUCUAGAUUGUUGCUUGAACACAACGCGAUGCAGCGACAUACUAAGUUUGAACUGAGUUCUGCGCAAAAAGCUAUCGAAACAAAAUAUACAACAGGUGUCGCUUCCGUUCAAGGUGCAGUAAAACUCAAGUCUAAUCUCCAAAGGGAGAAAACACUGGGGCAAAACCCCUCGUAUACGCAUACAACAUUGAAAACAGUGGAACUGUGGGAAACCCCCAAAGGAACAAUUAGAGAACCGGAAGCUAAACAAGUGAAGACACUGGCAGUGCGACACCCCAAAUCAAAGGCGACUACAUCCUCAAGAACAAAUAAAUGAGUAAUGGCUUAAAUAUGAAGAUUUUUUUCAGAGUUGUGUUUUUGAGAAAAGGCCCGGGUGUUAAGUCCAUAAAAGAUAAGAGUUUACUCUUAUUGAGCUAACGUUAAACUAGUUUGUACAAAAUUAAUAUAACAAAAAUGAGGAGAGUAACUGUAAUCCUCAACGUUAAUUUCAAAAUUGUAAAAUCGACGCUGUAACAAGUGCCGUUUAGCCGACGUUUUGGCAAUGCUGCCAAAAGUUCGUAAUAGGGCACGUGAGCUACGUAAUUUAAUGAACUUUUCAACGGGAAACUAUUUAAUGGUGUUUAUUCGUUUUGUACCCCGAAGAAGGCAGCAUUGCCGAAACGUCGGUUAAAACUCUUGUAACAGAGGACGUACUUUGAAUUUCAAAUGUGUAGUGUAGAUCGGUUUUAAGAAAAGUCAACUCUCUUCAUAUAUCGGACACUAUAGGGAACUCUGCUUAGUCUUGGUCGGCCUUACUAGUGAGAAUCUGUAAUAACGGGAGUUUAUUUUAGUCCGACAUCUGUAAUUUAUUUUUGCAUGGGAUUUAGUUGCUCUCCGUAUUAUCGGGGUGUCUGUUAUUGCGGGAGUCUACAAGGCUAGAGUUGACUUAUAAGAAUUUUUGAAAGUAAUUAUCAUCAAAUUUUAAAAUUAUAACAUGGAAUAUUCGCCUAACUGAUUCUAUUGUUAUUCGAUAGCUUCAGUGUGCUUCAUAUUCCAGUUGGGCACGCUGGUAACGUCAACAAACUGCUGCUUCGAGUUCUUAUGGGCUUAGUAAUCCUCCCAAGUGCAUCCAUGACUCAACAGUACACGAUGAAGCGUUUAAGAUCUUGUCUUAGAUGUCUCAAAUGAUCGCGUCAUUGAGAGGUGACACGAAGCCAUUAGCCUUGUUUCCUUCAUCCUUUCAUAUCAAUUGGAAGGGACAACGUAAAAGAACCUACAUUGAUAUCCGAAAAGAGUAGAGAAAGCAGAAUCCACCGGUGGUCUGCCUGUGUACAGACCCCCCUCCCCUCAGGAAAAAUCGGAUUUAUAGUGCUCCAAGAGGAAAGCAAAUUCGUAACCCACCGAUCACUCCACCUUCACGUAGUCUAACAUCUAAGGCGCUUUUUCCAAAAAGUUUUAUUUUCGGGGAUUUUAUAUACAGCUAUUAAAGUUGACACAGAGAAACGAUGCACGAAAUAAUAAGUUAACCGAACAAAAACAAAGCCGUUUUUAUUUUUUUAAAAACACUAAGAACUUUUGGAGUAGGCUUUCCCGAAGUUUAACUCUCAACAGUGAAGCAGCAACCCUACUUUUUCAAUUACUUUGCUUAGCGUUUUCAAAUCUCACUUAAAAUCGUUUGACCGCCGGGAAAUCACCCUCCCCUCCCCUCGUCACACGUUGCAGCUGUAGCUAAAGUUCAAAGCUGAAAGUCUUCGUUCGUGGCAGGCGAAGUCGAGUAUCGAUGUUAUGGUUCAAUUUUAUCCUUGGUUUAAAUUUUAUUUUCCUUUGUUCUAAACUCAUUAUCGUACAUUACCAUGCAUCAAAACAAAGGAAAAUAAAAUCUAAACCAAGGAUAAAAUUGAACCACAACAUCCACACUUUUAUCCUCUAUUGGCACUCAAGGGACUUCCGAGGAUAUUUAGAAUAGAUGAAUAAAGUAAUUAGAAUCAAAUUAAAAUUUAACUUUGGUGCUCCGUCGGUGGUGGGGAUUUGCUUUCAUCAACUGAGUAGAUGAAUUCAAUAUCACCGUAAGGAGAUUUUAAAGCUAACGUUUGGAGCCCAGUUUAUCGAAGCAAAGGAAUUAUCGGCUGUGUGUGGUAUAACAAGAACAGUAGACCUUAUUCACGAUACCCGCCAUCUUUGCACGCGCUCUAAGAUCGAUGGGAUAAAAGCUAUGUCACGUGGUAUUUCAGGGGGCAAACAAGUGAUAAAAUUUGUCAAUACGAGUAAUCGCGGUCGAGUUUGUUUAUUCUAUCAAACGAGACGACGAUUUCAGUAUCCAAAGUGUUGGCAAGAUUUACGUCAUUACUGUUUGCCAUGAGGACAUUUACGGUCGCUUCUGAAUAUUGUAAAGUAACAAUGAAUAAGGUAGAUUUAGGUGAACGAAGAGCAGUCAUUUACUACAUAGAGACUAAGAAUAAUGAUUUUCAUAAGAUGAAUUGUUGCUCUUGAUUUAUGCGACUUUUCAUGGCCGGGGGGGGGGGUACUUUCUAUGAUGGCCUAUAUGGGGAGGCUCCCCAAGAAAGGGUUACCUUUUUCAGGCUUCAGGUAUGUAAAGGGUCGGGAAAUCUGUCAUUUGGGUCUGUAAAAGGGCCCAAAAAAGCUAUGGCUUGAAAACGUCUGGAAACCCUCUAUUUUCUGAUUGAUUCCUAUUUAAAAGACAGUGCAUUUACAGCGGUUAAAAGGAAGAGGUACCUUUUUCGUGAAAAAUGGUAUAUAAAUGGUAAGGGGUUGGUCCUCAGUGCGGAGCCUCCCCGUAUAAACAUUUCUUGAGUAACCCUCCCCCCCGGGUUUUCGUUUUGCACUGAAUUGCGAGGUAUAGACCUCUUUAGCUUGUAUGUUUUGUAUUCCCGCACACAGAGGUCCCAGGGGAACUUGACACUUUGUCUUUUUGUGCGUACAUAUGCACGUGAACAAGACCAAAUUUAAAAGAAACAGUUCUCAAGAGAAUUAUCGCAUGACCUGUAUUGCAAAAACAAAACAUACAGGCUAAAGAGGUCUAUUUGAGAGGUUAAGCAUCAAGUGACGUCGAACGGUAAACGUAAAUUUGUACCACGUGACCAAGUUUUCCCUUUGCAGUGUACUUGUCGUUUACUGUUCAUUAUUUCAACACAUAAAUAAGUAGUUUCGCGCAAUUUUUUAUUCAUAAUAAUUGUUUUGAGCUCUUUUAUUUCGCUCAUUUUAUUUUUCAACCUGAAUCUGAUGUUUGCUGUAUACGUGAAGCUUAGAAACUCUCUGAAUACACACAGAAGAAAAAGGGAAGCAGUCUACAAACACUCCAUUGCGACGGAUUUUUUCUAACUACGAGGUAUAUUUUUAAUACGAAAAAAUUGUCUUAACUGAUCUCAUGCUAUUAUCGUCAGGCUAGACUCAUCAUAAAGGAAGAUUUUUUUUUUCAAUUAUUGUAGAA